AAUAAAUGAAUAAACACGACACUCUGUCGAAAUAAACUAAGCUCGUAUAUGUAGAUUAGUUGAUGGGGAUUCAAGCCAAUUCCGAGAAAUAAAGAUAUAACAUGUAUUUCUAUGCUUCAUAUCAAUUGUUUAAUGUUUUAAGCACUUUUAUCGACAAAAUCAAAGUUUUUUUUCUGGGGUCCAAAAUCAUGUUAAAAUUUCCAUAUAGGUGUCCGGCCCCACAUGUCUCUAAUUUCAUAAUCUAUGAAGACAGAAACGUCAUAUAUGGUGUAAACUAAUAACUGCUUAAUAGAUAUUUUAUUAUAUAUGGUGUUAAACUUUUAAAUUACUCUUUUGAUUUCUAGAAAUAUUCUAUCUUUGAGUAAAUAUUUUGAAGAAUUACUGGCAGUACCAGAAAAAAUCCAGAAGAAUUGUUGGGAGAAUGCCUACAGGUAUCCUUACCUAGAGGAAAAAAAUUCAAGGAGAACUUCUGAAGUGCUUCUUCUUCUAGUAGGUAUACUUUUCUCGGGAUUGCUUAUUUUUUCAUUAAAAGCGUUGCAAAAAUUUGUCUAGAAAUCCCCAAAUGUUUCCUCGGAGCAAUUCUCUUAGGCCUUUCUGAAUAAAAUUUUGAUAUUUUAACUCAUUCAAUGCUUGAGCUGGAUUGGCCACCCUUGGUUGCUACUCCAAUAUUGCGAUAUCAGCAUCAGGCAUCUUUAGUGUACAAACAGUGGUGAUCUUAUAAUUAGGAGAGUAAUUAAUGAUGAAUUUAACCUGUCAAUUGCAUACCUUUCAUAACCCUGCAUCUAUGCGAGUUCAUGCGGGAAAGUAAUUGAGGGUAAGGCAAUUUAUGGUAAAUCAUGAUGAAUAAUGAAAUGAUAGAUAAAAAGCGAAGGAAACGGUUUCCGUUUCUGGUUCUACGAUAGCUAUGCACUAUAUGAGAUGUUUAUUGAGAGAAAGAAGUAAGUGAUAGAUAGAACAUAGAACUAUAAUGCAUAAUGAAAGGGACAGGCUCGGGAUUGAACCGAUGAUCUUCUGAUUCUAAAACAGAAGUGACAUCCAUCAGUCUACCAAUUUGGUCUUGUUUUACGUCAUCAAAAUCAAUAUUAUUCAUCUUCGUCAUACAAGGACACAAAACAUAGCUGAGUAUGUCUUUCAAACGAAAACUAGUCCUAGAAAAAUUUGAUACUUGAUUUAGUGUUAUGCCCAUUGUCACCUCUAUUAUGGUAUUAACAUACAUUACCGAAUUUCCUGAAAUACAUAUCUUUAUCAAAUCCCAACAACAACAAAAAGAAUGCUGUAUCAACAGCGUAUUUAUUUGCAGUUGGAAUGAUGAUUUCUUCCUGGAUGAAACUUCUUUGUCACAACCAAAUUUGUGCCAUGGAUUAGAUGUAGUUGCUGUGUACGAUUAUCGGCCAUACCGAGAUAGGUUUGAUCCAUUGUAUCCUCAUGAGUACAUUACUGUGGAUGAUUUAAAUUACUAUCGUAGGAGAAAACCAUCGGAUUGUUAUGCAGAUGAACAUCUUAAAAGUCAUUUUUCACUUCAUAAUCAAUCUGAGCCUUCUAUACCAUAUGCCACGAGUAAAUCGGAAUAUAAAGAACAUUUUCAAGAGUAUGAGUAUAAAAAAAGAAUACCAUUCAUUAGAAGACACACAACACUUCGAAUAGAAUCAGGAACCAUGGAUAAAAAGUCCGAACAUCACGCAAAUUAUGUACCGUACACUACAGAAUCUAUUGCGAAAUCUCGCCCACCAUUGAUUAAACAUAGUGAGACCCUUAAAACGUUUAAUGGGUCUAAAAGAACUCCUGAGUACUCCGAAUACCGUUCAUCGUUUCUUCCAUACAAACUGACUGAUUUUUUAUAUGAACCCAAAAAGAUAUCUAAAAUGAGUAUUAAAAAAGAAGCAAUUAAGCUUGGUGAACUAAGCUGUUCAGAUUCAACAUUGCACAAUAAAAAGAAAGCUGAGAAAAGCAAUUUGAGACUGACGGGCGAGACAAUGUUGGAUCCAGAAUACAAAACAAAAUAUAUUCCAUUUUCGAUUGAAAAGUCCCAAUCUACCCCUCAGUUAAAUAAUAUAAACUUCACGGGAAAUUUUAGUGGAAUGCCUUCCGAGUACAAAGAAUGCUACAAAAGCUAUGAUCAUUUUACCAAAAGUGCUCCGAUCAAGAAAUUGGAUAAUCUAAGUUUAAGUGGUCUGCUGGACCUUACUCCAGAGUAUAAAGACCGAUUCCAGAACCCAUUGUUGAGCAGAUGCGAUCGACCCUCAUACUUAAAACGAGAAGAUAAUCUGCAUUUAGAUGGAGAUUUCGUGAACCGUAUGCCGGAAUAUUGCAGUAGUUAUCGGAAUCCCAACAUAAUUCAUAAACCUGAAAAGGCAAAACCUAAGGAUACCAUAUUACAUCUCGAAGGAGGCAUGAGCUACGAGCCAAUUUAUAGAUGUUCAUACAUUGAUUUUCCUAGAAAUCGGCCUGUCAUCAACAAACCAGAAUGCAACAUAAAACUUGAAACAUCUGUCGAACCAAAUCAACUAGGAUUCCGGAAACAUCGUAGUAGGAUACCGGUGCGCAGUCAACAACACGCUUUCACAGAUGAAGAACUAGCAAAAUUCGAAGCAUUGCCAGAAUACCGGAAGGCUAAAAGAGAGCUUAUGAUAAAACCACGACCGUUAUCGUCUAAUAAAAGCACGCUGGCGCAACAAAUCCAUAACGAAAAAAACAAAGUGGGUUUGCGACAAGAUGGACAAAGUGUGUCAUCCAAAAUUACGCCAAGUGAUGAUGAGGAGAAAAUCAUGAAAAAGACACCGAGUUUCAAAUUUAUGGUGGAAAAUAUCGACGACAAUCGCAAAUUGAAACUUCACCAAGAAAAACGUUCAAAAUCGCCGAUAUUAGCUAUUCAAAGGGAAAAUGGUCCAGUAGAGCUUUAUAACAAACCGUUUUUUAAAGAUAGUAAAAGUUUCAAUAGGAGAAAUCGAACUAACGUUAUUGAAUCUAAUGUAAAAUACGCAAAAAAUGCAAGUGAUCAAUAUCGACAUUAUCAAAUGGGUAAAGCAAAAAACCGUGCAUACGAUGAGCAAAAUGUGGUAUCGAAAUCUUUUGUGGUACUUAACGCGCCGGUGAAGCAGAAAAAUAAGCAUUGGUUGGGACCAACUACAAUAUAUGAUUCAAAAUUAUAUUGAAUUAUUAUUAAACAUAACACUGCCAUGUUCUUAGUAAAA